AUGCCUCUACGUUUUAUUUUGACAGUUGCUCUUCUAUUUGUGUUAACAUAUUCUAAAACAGAUCAAUAUGAAUUAAAGUAUCCCAUUGGCUGGUCAAAGGACGGGAUACCUCCCCCAGAGUACUUCGAAAACGAAAAGAGGGAUGCAGUAAAAUCAAAACUCUAUUUCAGAAAUCAGCAGCAAUCAGACAAUCUUCAAAAUCUAGAUAACAGCAAUCUGACAGAAAAGCCUCUGCCAAACGACUUUAAAAAGAUUCUCGUUCCUGUGUUUUUUACUUUCAAGCUACCAACUUCUACCAAAGAUAUUCCGCCACAGCUGAAAGUGUCUUUCAUGUAUCACUUACCCGAUGAUAUACCAGAUGACAAAUUUUCCUUCAGAAAACGGAAGCAAGAAAAGAGAAAAGCUUGAUUGGUGCCAAAAAAGUUAAUUCGUACCGAGGAUGAGCAAAACGGCAGAAACAGAAGAAAAAAGAACCUCCUGAAUCCCAUCCAAAUGUGUUGGCAUACUUCUACUUAUUUCGAAAACUGUUCCAGUUGCCUAUUGACUCAGUGGCAUUGUCAUUUGCCGCAAUUCAUUGAAUAAACC